CCCUCUUCUCUCUCUCUCUGUCUCUUUCUGAAUAGGCCUACUGUUCCUUUUCCCAAACGUGGUUACUAGGCUAUUCAAUAACGAACCAAGAAGGUUAUCUGAGGUCCUUGUCCUAGCGCCCAAGCCGAGACGAGAGGCCGCUACCCUAUGCCGCCCUGUGCUCCGAACGUGCUUUCUGCUUCACCCGAUUUGGAGCACGAAAUGAACAUUUCUUGUCGUCCUCAUAGAAAUGUUUAUGCGUUAAUCAGUAUAAUUCUGUGUACAGUUUGGAGAUGCUGUUAUGAAAUGUGACUGCAUUAAAUAUGGCUGACAUUUCCUACCCAACAAAACAAAUGAACGUCGUAACUCUGAAGAAGACACACACAGUAGUGAAUAGAUCUUCUAGUCUUAUCACUGGAGAUCUCUCUGAUUAUAUGGAAAUAGCUGUGUGAAAACAAAUGUAUUUGUUGUUCCUUGUUCUUCUGGAGAAGGUAUGAAUCUUGGCGUUGAUAACAUUGUCUUUCAAGGGGAACCUUGUUCAAGUUCUAGGUCUCCUUGCUCUCUGAUUAUAAGGGAGGAUGUGAAACAUGACAUUACAAGUGGGGAGAAUAACUGUGAAGAUAAGAAAAGCAGUUCUUUGUUCCUGUUUGAUCUAAAAAAACAAAAACUUGAUGUUAAAGAGGAACAUUUGCCAAUAAACGAAGAGUCCAGUUUUGAAUGGUUGUGUGAUGUCAAGGCAGAGGGAAAUGAUGAACCAGACGUUGAAAACAGAUGCAUCACAGUAAAAGAUGAGCCUGUCUCUUUGUUCGCGGAGCAGGAAAAGAUAAAACGUGUCAUUAAACCAGAGUGCCUUACAGAUAUUGAUAUGGUGAAGACUGAACCACUAUUUGAACAAUUUCUUGAUGGUGGUGAUGAUGUGAAACGAAAAGUGGAGAAUUUUGUGAAAGAGGAAAUAUCAAAAUGGGACUGUCCAGACUUUGGAGAGAUAGGAAAGACAGAAGGACAAGUGGGAGAUGUAGAGAAGAUUUGUGCAGAGCGUAUGUUUGUUGAGGAUCAUAUCAGUCAGACUGGAAGACUACAGCAGCAAACCUCCAAUUUGAGGAGUUUGUGUAUGGAGCAGAGUUCCAACCCAGACACUGAUGUUGUUGCAUCUAGUAGUCCAACUUCUACUUUCUCUGCCAAUCAAGUUUUCCUGGACUAUGUCUCAAAUUCUGGCUCUGUUAUUAGAAAACAAGUAUCUGAUUUCAACUUUUCUUGUGUUGUAUCUAUUACGAGGUUGGUAAAUGUUCCCGAGUCUUCUAGAACCACAGGGAAAAAAACUUACAAAUGUGAAGUUUGUAGUAAACAGUUUGCACAAAAUAGUAACCUACUGACUCACAAAAGAACACACACUGGAGAAAAACCUUACAAGUGUGAAGUUUGUGGUGCAGCAUUUGCACAAAAUAGUAACCUACUGACUCACAAAAGAACACACACUGGAGAAAAACCUUACAAGUGUGAAGUUUGUGGUGCAGCAUAUGCACAUAGUUUUGGUCUACAGUACCACAAAAGAACACACACGGGAGAAAAACCUUACAAGUGUGAAGUUUGUGCUCAAAGAUUUAGAAGAAGAGGUCAACUUGUGGUACAUAAAAGAGUACACACAGGAGAAAGACCUUACAGGUGUGAAGUUUGUGGUAAACUGUUUGCUCAAAAUGGUCAACUACUGAUACAUAAAAGAACUCACACAGGAGAAAAACCUUCAACUUUCUCUCCUGCCAAUCCAGUUUUCCUGGAAUAUGUCUCAAAUUCUGGCUCUGUCAUUAGGAAACAAGUAUCUGAUUUUAACUUUUCAUGUGUUGUAUCUAUUACCAGGUUGGUAAAUGUUCCUGAGUCUUCUUCUAGAACCACAGACCCAAAAGUGUACAAUAAAGAGACAGACACUGGCUGCCCAUAUGGACCCAGGCCUAUGACUAAGGAAAGUAGGCCUACAUACUCAGAAGAAAACCCUUUCAAGUGUAAAGUUUGUGGUGAAAAUGAAAAGUUUACAAAAAGUGGAAGUCUACUGGGACCUAAAAGAACACUCACGGGAGAAAAACCUUACAAGUGUGAAGAUUGUGGUGCGACUUUCGCGCAGAUAGACAUCCUGCAAAGACACAUAAAUAUGCACACAAGAGAAAAGCUUUCCCAGUGUGAAGUUUGUGAUGCAAACCUCACAGAAGCCAGUGUGUUGGAGAGUCACAAAAGAAAACACACAGGAGAAAAGGGUUAUGGGUGUGAAGUUUGUGGUGAGAAGCUUACAAAAAGCGGUUAUCUACUGAAACAUAAAAGAACCCACACAGGUGGAAAAACAUACAAAACUUACGGGUGUGAAGUUUGUGGUGCAACGUUUAAACAAGCCAGUGUUUGUGGUGAUAGAUUGACAGAAAGUGACAUCCUACUGCAACAUAAAAGAGCACACACAGAAGAAAAACCGUACAAAUGUGAGGUUUGUGGUGCUGCAUUUGCAUAUAGGAUGAGUCUACAGAGCCACAGAAUGACACACACGGGAGAAAAACCUUACACCUGUGAAGUUUGUGGUAAAGGAUUUACAGAAAGUCGUAAUCUAUUGUCUCAUGAAAGAGUACACAGCGGAGAAAAACCGUACAAGUGUGAAGUUUGCGGUAAACAGUUUAAACGACGUGAAAACCUAGUGGUACACAAAAGAACACACACAGGAGAAAAACCUUACAAGUGUGAAGUUUGUGGUGCCACAUUUGCACAUGGUUUGACUCUACAGCGCCACAAAAGAACGCACACUGGAGAAAAACCGUACGGUUGUGAAAUUUGUGGUAUAGGAUUUACGAAUAGUGAUGGCCUGUUGGUACAUAAAAGAGCACAUACAGGAGAAAGACCUUACAAAUGUAAAGUUUGUGAUGCUGCAUUUGCAUGUAGUCGGAGUCUACACAGCCACAAAAGAAAACACAUGGGAGAAAAACCUUACACAUGUGAAGUUUGUGGUAAAGGAUUUACAGUAAGUGUUAACCUAUUGAAACAUAAAAGAAUACACACCGGAGAAAAACCUUACAAGUGUGAAGUUUGCGGUAAACAGUUUGCACGAAUUGAAUACCUACGGACACACAAAAGAACACACACAGGAGAAAAACCUUACAAGUGUGAAGUUUGUGGUAAACAGUUUGCACAACAUGGUCAUCUACUGUUACAUAAAAGAACACACACAGGAGUAAAACCUUACAAGUGUGAAGUUUGUGGUAAAGUAUUUGCAGAAAAGAGUAACCUAUCAAGACAUAAAAGAAUGCAUACUGGAGAAAAACCUUAUAAAUAAGUGUGAAAUUUGUGGUGAAAGAUUUAGAAUUAGUAGUACAACCUUGUGGUACAUGAAAGAAUACACACAGGAGAAAAACCUUACAAGUGUGAAGUUUGUGGUUCCACAUUUGCAUGUGGUAAGUCUCUACAGUGUCACAAAAGAACACACACAGGAGAAAAACCUUACACGUGUGAAAUUUGUGGUAAAGUAUUUGCAGAAAAGAGUAACCUAACAGUACAUAAAAAAA